AUGCACCCAUCCCACUGGCACUCGCAAAACCAACUAACAGGAAAAAUCUCCAGCGUACCUAGAACAGAGCCCAGUUCUGGGUACUCGGCACCCACUGGCAGGACUUCCUACGCUGGGUAUUCGGCACCCACUGGCAGGACUUCCUACGCUGGGUACUCGGCACCCACUGGCAAGACUUCCUACGCUGGGUACUCGGCUCCCACUGGUAGGACUUCCUACGCUGGGUACUCGGCUCCCACUGGCAGGACUUCCUACGCUGGGUACUCGGCACCCACUGGCAGGACUUCCUACGCUGGGUACUCGGCACCCACUGGCAGGACUUCCUACGCUGGGUACUCGGCACCCACUGGCAGGACUUCCUACGCUGGGUACUCGGCACCCACUGGCAGGACUUCCUACGCUGGGUAUUCGGCACCCACUGGCAGGACUUCCUACGCUGGGUAUUCGGCACCCACUGGCAGGACUUCCUACGCUGGGUACUCGGCACCCACUGGCAGGACUUCCUACGCUGGGUAUUCACUAGUGAAACCCUUCAUGGGUGGCCGAAGGCUCCGGCACUGA